UGUAAUAUGUGUGUGGAUAUUACAAUUCGGCACAUGGCGCUUUUUGGCAUAGUUUGGCAAGCUGCCGCAGUAACCUCAAGCAAUGUGGACCAAUUCCCUGCAAAUUUGCACGUGCGCCGAGGUGGAAAUCUUUCCAUGUUCUGCAGCUAUCCGUUAUUUCAAGAUAUUCCUGAUGUUUAUUGGUGGAGAGAGGGCGAGAAGACAUUUAUAGAACCAGACAGCAGAAAACAAUUUAAUGUAAACAAAGGCAGGGGUGCAUUUACUCUGCUCAAUGUGACUGGCGCAGACUCCGGGAUCUAUUACUGUCAAGUGAAGCUACAGCAACAUUAUAUCGGUAAUGGAAGCGGCACGCAGCUAACUGUGUUCGCUUCCCCAACUCCCUUGAAAAUCAUUCCCAUUGAAAGAGUCUCACCGCAUUCUCGGAAACUAGUGUGUAAAACGGCUGCCUUUUAUCCGGAGAAAUUAGAAAUCUCCUGGCGAAGAAAUAAUGAGGAAAUUCUGACCGGAAUAGUUACUGUGGAAAACAGAAGCGUGGAAGGGUACUAUGAGGCUUCCAGUUUUUUGGAAGAAACGCAACCUGCUGUUUACACCUGUUUGGUAUCACAUACCUCUCUCACGGUGCCAGCGGCGAUUAGUUACGUCAUCAAAAAAGGCCCUGAUGAAAACUUGAUUAUCGGAUGCGCUGUUGGCGGAUUGGCAAUUUUAGUUUUCACGAUAAUUUUGAUAAGGCUCAGAUGAAAGGUGCAACAUGCCUAAAAGCCGUGCAGUUUCCAAAGUGACUUAUACUGCUCUGAGGCUUCCCAGCUCCAACAACACAUCACCAUUUAUCCAGAAAGACGAACUUGCAGUGUCUGCAAAUGUGCAUGUUUUAAAGAAGACAAGAAGAUAAGAAUGGAAGCAAGGUUCUGUUAAGUGGUCUAUGAAUAAGUACAGACCCAAGAUAUUGUCAAUUUCAAAUAAUUGUAGCCAGGGUUAGGAGAGACAACUGUGGGAUUUGAAAUGUCUCUUACAUCUUCCUUGAGCCUCUGCUCAGACGGAGGUGGCCAUCGAUCAAUGAGUAAUCAAUGCUUUCAAUGUUGAAAACAGGGACAAAAUUGUCAGUUAACACAUGGAGGAAAGUAAAAAUCUGUUCAUGUCCCUUUACGUCGGUUUUCAAAUAUGAACGAUAUCGCUGGCGACAUCUUAUCAAAAAAUAUCGCAGCGUCAGCUGGUGAUAACUUGUCUCCUAAUUGUGCCAA